AUUUCUAAAAAUGGAAAGCAAAUGCAAUCAAUGUUUAAUUUAUUAAUUAAUGAAAAAGGAGGAUCAAUCAUACAAUACAACGAUUCAAAGUCCAAGUCUUGGGGAAUUUCCAAUUUCCAGCUCCACCAAGAUCCCUCUUUUCCUACAAACCCAUCUCUCUUUCAUCCCUCCAAUCUUCAUCCUGUGAAAACCGCGAACGAAUCAACAAAUGGGUGGUUGCGUGUUGAAGCUAGUAGAUUCCGUUCUGUUCCUGUUCUUCCUCCUAAUAGCGGUGGUGGCUCCUCUGAUCGACGCUCAAACCUGUCUUCCUCUCUCUUACUUCCCCGACAUCCUCGUCCAACUCAAGGAACAGUACACCAAUGACUACGGCGAUUACCUUGUCGCAGAAAAGCCGCACUUUUUUGUAGGCCUUGUUUGGCUUGAGCUUCUCUUCCAAUGGCCCCUUGCACUCCUCAGCCUCUACGCCAUGCUCACUUCCAAGCCUUGGUUCAACACCACUUGCUUGAUCUAUGGUGUUUCUGUCACUACCUCCAUGGUUGCUAUAUUAUCAGAAAUGAUGAAUUCCAAGAGGGCAUCUGAGAAGCUAUUGACAAUUUAUGCCCCUUUCCUGGGUUUGGGUGUUCUGGCUUUGCUGCGAGGGUUGCUGACGUGUUCAUCCAAAUCAUCUUCAGCUCUAGGCAAAAGAUCUGCAUUGGCAAGGAAAAAGCGAGCUUGAAAGUGUGAGGAUUGAAUCAAACAUGAUAAAAUGGAAAGAGGAGCAUCGUUAUAGUGUGAUUGGGGAUGAAGCAUGCCAAGGUCCCCUCCUGUAACCAAAUUUUUGUAUGUUUUUUUUAUUUAUCUGAGUCCCUUUGAUUGCGUAUCUGAGUAAAAAAGAUUUUGUAUCAGGAGAACAUCAAAUUCCAUCAGGUUGCAUAUUUGCUAUGAGAAGAAAUAAAAUGCUAGCUAGCUACUUGGAUUA